AUGUCUGCUAUCGACGCUUUGACUGACAACCUGGCUGCGGCCACCAUCAACGACACCCCCGGCAUCAACGGCACUCCCGCGGCUUCGCAGGCCCCUGAUGCAGCCGCUGCCAGUGCUGAUGAGGGACGUCGCCUGUACAUCGGAAACCUCGCCUAUGCGACCACCGAGGAGGAGCUCAAGGAGUUCUUUAAGGGCUACACCAUCGAGAGCACCUCGAUCCCGGUGAACCCCCGCACCAACCGCCCCGUUGGCUAUGCCUUUGUGGACCUUGCGACUGCUGCUGAAGCUACUGCGGCUAUCGAGGCCCUUUCUGGCAAGGAGAUUCUGGCCCGCAAGGUGUCGGUGCAGCUGGCCCGCAAGCCGGAGCCCGCGGAGGCCAAGGAGGGUGCUGCCAGUGGCGGUGAGGGCGCCAGCGGCAACGAGGGUCGCAAGCGGACUGGUGGUCGGGGUCGCGGCCGUGGUCGCGCCCGCGGCCGUGGUGGCCGUGUCGGUCGUGGACGGGCUCAAGAUGGACAGGAAUCCACUGAGGCCGAUGCUGCUGGCCAGGCUCCGCUGACCGAGACCACCAACGACAACGAGGCUGCGGCUGCCGAGGGAGCCAAGCAGGGCAAGCCACGCGCCGCUCGCCCCCAGAAGCAGCGUGGUCCCCCUGAGGAUGGUAUUCCUUCCAAGACCAAGGUCAUGGUUGCCAAUUUGCCUUACGACCUGACCGAGGACAAGCUCAAGGAUAUCUUCGCCGACUACCAACCCGUCUCGGCCAAGGUGGCUCUGCGCCCCAUCCCCCGUUUCAUGAUCAAGAAACUCCAGGCCCGCAACGAGCGCCGCAAGACCCGUGGCUUCGGAUUCGUCAACUUGGCCUCCGAGGAGCUCCAGACCAAGGCCGUCAACGAGAUGAACGGCAAGGACAUUGAUGGCCGCACCAUUGCUGUCAAGGUGGCUAUCGACAGCCCUGGCAAGGAGGACGACGUCAAUGCGGCCGCCGACCAGUACGAGGAGGCCAACCCCCCUGCUGAGGAGAACGCCGCCCCCGAUGCUGCUCCUACUGAGGCAGUUUAA